GUCAUCAUCCCGGCUGCUCAUCUCACUCAUUGAAGCCACCUCGGCCAAGGUAGCUUCUCAACCACCAACACGAUACAUAUUCAGAACCACAAACAUCAUUCACGAUGAGCCAAGACCCAAACACCACCUUCCUCCCCGAAGAGAGGGACGACGCCACAGAAUGGCUCAACUCGCUCCUCAACAAGAACCUCCGAGUAUCCGUUACCGACGGCCGAAUGUUCUGGGGCCAGUUCAAGUGCGUUGAUGCAGAAAGCAACAUAAUCCUCCACUCAACCUACGAAUACCGCUUCCCCACCUCCUCCCAACUGGCUGCCGCCGCCGCGGCCGUUACUUCCUCCCUUUCCCCCUCUUCCGUUGCCCCCUCCUCCACCAUCACCUCCUCCUCAGCACUCUCAGCACCCUCAGACCCUUCCCCCUCCUCCUCAGACCCCUCAGCACCCCCAGCACCCUCCUCUUCCUCAAACAACCCCACCCCUACCUCCGUUGAUCUCGAACAAGCCUACGACCGCGCCACCUCCUCGGGAAAAAUAAAAGUCGACCUCUCCUCGCGCUAUCUAGGCUUAGUCGUCAUCCCAGGGGAAUACAUCACGAAAAUCGAGCUGGAGGAAUUUGCUAGUCAGAUUAGGGGUCGUUUGAACAAGGGAUUGGGACAGGGGUUUCAUACGGGUUGGAGAGAUGGUGGGGGGAUUUCUUAGGCGGAUAAUACUUCGAGGAUUUGUCGGGGUAGGGAUGAGGAUGGGGAGGUUGUAGAGUUUUCAGGGAGUGAGGAUGGGGAUGAGGAGGAGGAGGGGGAUGAAGAUGGAGAUGAGGAGGGGGAGGAGGAGGAGGAUGAGGAACAGGAUGGACAUUCUUCGGGGUCAUUUUCUGAGAGUGGUGGUACUUUGGAAGAAGAUCAAGGCGAGAAGAACUCAAACAAAAAAAGCUCAGAAGACAAGAACGAUGAGAAGGACAAUCAAGACACUACCACU